AUGGUACAAUUAUUCAAGGCGACAAAACUAAAUGUAAACAUUCGUACAUUGCUCGCAAACUGCGAGGAAUUAGUCAAAGAUGAAGCUAACUACUGGCGUCUUAAGAAAUUCAUAAAAUCAUUGGAUACAAUGAUAGAAGAACUUGGAAGCAUGGAAGAUCCCUACAGCAAUGAAAAGAUUCCAGAUUAUAGCAAACGCGUCCAGCACUUGAAAAAAUUGACUAAUUAUAUCGACAGUCCAACGUCGGCCAAUAGAAAGAGAAUAUCUGGAAACCUUAAAACAGCCGUCGAAGCUGGGGACGAUGCAUUGAAGGAAGUUAACCAAAUGAAUCAAACUAGACAAUAUGUAGAACUUCGAAAGGAAUUGUUACAGGACGACACUUUGAGGAGAAGAAAGCCAUUAGAAGAGGGCAGUGGAGAUCAGGGCGAGGCUGUGAAAUUCAUACGCGACAACCAGGAAAAAAUUACGGAGCAUAUGCUAUCAUUAACGAGGAACCUGAAGGAACAAACAGAGACAGCCAACAAAAUCAUAAAGAAGGACACGGAAAUGAUGUCACGUUCAGCAGGGAUGACUGAUCGGAAUAUAAGUGCCUUAAAUAAAGAAACCGAAAAACUGGAAGAUCACUCGCGUAAUGCCUGGAAGUGUUGGAUGUGGUUAAUGAUAAUUUUCGUUAUUGUAACGUUUAUAGGAAUGGUGUUAUUUAUGAAAAUUGUAAAAAAGAAAAAAUAUUAAUU